AUAUUUGAUUGGGCCGUGCCGUGUAGUUCCAUUACACUUGUUCGCGUCCUUUUGCAACCCCCGCCCCCUCUCUCUCUCUCUCUCUCUCCUCCCUGCUUGAAAUUGUACCGACAUGGCUCCAGCCAAAUGGGGUUUGUUUCUCUGAGGUUUUCAAGCUUCUUGGGCAGCUGGGGGGUAGGCUCAAUAAUCCAUAGACCAGAAUCUAAUUCGGAGGAAAUCAAUGGCCAUGCACACUGCAUAUCUUAAAGAAUAUGAAGGGAUUGUCCAAAAUCCCAUUGGUCAGUUAUCAUCUGCUGCAGCACCUUGGUGGAGUGGGCUCAGAUCUCAAUCGUCGCAUUCUGAAUCGUUUGGUCAAUUUAGGUCUUCAUCUGUGGGACGCCCUUCCAAUGGAAGCCAACACACUGCCACUAACCAAGCUGAGAAUGGUAGUGAAAAGGGGCUGGAGAAGGGAAAUCCAACUCCAUUCACCAUCUUUCCAGUCUCUCAUUCAGGUGAUUGCAAAACUUCAGGGAACAUGCCUGUGCAGGUAGCCACACCAGGAUAUCGAAGCCAUUUUGAGCUAGGAUUUGGUCAACCUGUGAUCUGCACAAAGUAUCCUUACGGAGAUCAGUAUUAUGGUGUACUCUCAACUUAUGGAUCUCAGAUUACGGGUCGGAUUAUGCUGCCGUCAGAUCUGACCACAAAUGAUGGACCAGUGUAUGUAAAUGCCAAGCAGUAUCAUGGAAUACUCAGGCGUCGGCUAUCACGUGCAAAGGCAGAAUCAGAAAAUAAAGUUCCAAGAAUUCACCGUAAGCCGUAUCUGCACCUGUCGCGUCAUCUCCAUGCGAUGCGCCGCCCAAGAGGCAUUGGUGGCCGCUUCCUCAACACAAAGAUUUCAGACGAUGGUAAAUGUGGAACUGAGACCGAGAAGAUUGGGAAUGGACAAAUCUCCCAACCCACUGAAUCUCAGAUUUCUGAAGUUGUGCAAUCCGAUAGCGGAAAUUUGAACUCACCAAAGGAAGCCAACGGCAGAUCUAACUUCUCCGGGUCAGAGGUGACUAGCAUAUUCUCCAGGGGAGAUCUUGGCCGCUUUGAACUGAAUCAUUUCCGGUCAUCAGUCUUCCCAUUCUCUGACAUGAUCAAUACUGGGCACGGCAUGGACACCAGCAAGUGGAUUGCAGCAGCGGAUGGCUGCUGCAACCUCAAAGUUUGACAGCAAAGGGGCAGAUGGGCUUGGUGCUAAAACCUUGGCAUCAGCCCCACCCUUUCUGUGACCAAAUGGAGCACGCUACCGUUGCAUCUUCUGUUGUGGGUGGAGACCACAGCAGGUUUGCUUCGGGCACUGUUCCACCACUCCAUUUGGUUGCUAGGCAAUUCAUUCUUGGCUUAUCUGCAUUGCGGUUGUCUUUGCUAUUCCUUGGCAGUCCUCCCAGUCUUGGUUUGGCUAAAGAUGCUGUAAGCCUCAAUGCAGCAAAAACUUGGAUUACUCCUUAAAUGGGCUUGUUCCCAUAUAUCCUAACAGACCUUGAAUCUAUGGUUUCAUGUUUGUGAUCUUCAAGUUGUUGAACAUGAUGUUGUGAAGUCAGUAUUAUGAGUCUGCAUUUCAAACUCCUUGGCGAAUGUAAUGUAUUGUAAAACUUGGGACUUGGGAUGUAUCAGCAGUUUGUGGUUGUUAAAUAACAUGAUGCUUAUGUUGUGAGA